AGGACACAGAUACACAGACAUUCGCGCACCCCAUGAUUUUAGCUACCCUCAAAAACACUCUCUUACUCUUCCAUUUUUGUAUCGAUAGCAAUAGCUCUUGCUGGUUCUUUGAUUCAUCUCUGUUUUCUCUCACUCUACUGUAUAGAUCGUAGUUACCCACUUCUCUACCCGCCCUGAAAAUGAAGAUAGGUGUCUAUUCUGCUCCCCAUUUUUAUUGCCGAACGAAAAAAAUAUAAAUCAUUCUUGUUCUUCUUCUUUAUCUUUCUCCCCGACCCCGUCAUGUACAUGUUUUCAAUCGUGAACUACAUCGAGCCAGGUCGAAAACGGGUGUUCAAUGGUUCUUGGCCUAAAUGUUGACGACGCUUUCUUCUCACGACUUCUUCGCAUGACCACGGGCCGGAUCAUGCCACCGGGUGUGAUAGACCAAGGCGUGGGCCCACCCUGGACGGUGGAAUACGAUCCGAACAACGGUAGACCCUAUUACUACAACACCCAGACCGGCACAGUCUCCUGGACCAAGCCCGGUGAGCAGUGGAGUUUAUGAACUGCAAAAGUAUCGUACUAGUCGUAAUUGCAAUACAAAUUAGAAGCUCAGCAUGACAAAUGGAAUUUGUCAUGCUGUUUUGCCUUGGGAUGGAGAUUUGUAACGCAUGAUGAUGAUUGCAAUUACUACGAGUACGAUACUUUUGCACAGGAUAGAGUUUGAGCUACGAUAACGUUUCGAAUCAGCAGUACUGGAUCGAUGCGCAGGGCAACACAAAACCGCUGCAGCCGUACCUUUUUGAGCGAUUUUUUUGUGUUGUUUCUAGUAUAGGUCGCGCUUUCUGCAUGCCUUGAUUUCGUUUCCAGUAUCUAAAUUCAAAUUGCAGACGAGACUAUCAGAUGGCUGCGAACUUCAUUCUCAACAUAACAUCGUGAUGAAAACAAAAAACCGAUACAAAAACAGGCCCACGGUGGCCUCCGGCUCCCGACCCGCUACCCCACGAGGUGGUGGAUCCACGACGCCGCGCCUCACCCCGCGAUCGUCCAUCCCCGACUGGUUUUCCCAGAACAAAGACUCGCUGCUUUCCGCCAAGUCCAUGCAGCCGAAAAACCAGUACGCAGCGGAGGAGGAGAUGCGGUUCCAGCAGCAGCUUCUUUUCCAGCAAAAUCCGAAUCUCAUCCCCGGGAUGGGGGUAGGGACACCGAGAAAUAACCACCGGCCGGACCCGUACCUCUACACACCCGAGGACGCCAUGGUCGGGCACGGCUACAACGGUGGGCAGCAUUCGGUGAGCGACAGUGUCGUGAGUUCCGCCAUGGUGCCCAGGAACACCACCCCGCGGAAGUCGCGGGUGAGCCCCACGGGAUCCAAUUCUAUCGCGGAUUCGUUGCAGAGCCCCAUCGUCCAGAACGGGCCGCCGGCGCUGCGGUUGUCCAGUAAUUUGACCACGACCUCGUCGGUUUCGCACAGUCGCAGUUACAACCUCCCGCCGGGCAACCUUCGGGGCGAGGGCGAAAACGCCGGUCCGCUGAGCGGCGCCACGACCCCGCAACGGGGGCCGAGUCCGCAGGGAGUGGCGUCGAUAGGGAAGACAAUCAUGUCGCCCGAGGUAGACGGGGCUGCAGGGGAGGACGUGAUCUCCUACAGCCGGUCGCAGUCUCGAUCCGUGGUCGAGCUUCUACUUAACGGCCGGCAAACGGUAAAUGACAACGAUGGAGCAGCAUCAGAGGUCGUCACUACACCAAGAGGCAGUACAAGCAUAAACCAGAACUACUCGCCUCGGUAUGAGAAGGUCGGCACGCCGCGGCAGUCGACGCCGCGAGGAGGGAUAAGUAGGAACUACGCAAGCAGCGCUGGUGUAGUUCCGAGAAUACAGAAUCUGAAUGGGACACCAAUCCAUAAUCGAAAUAGCAACCAGCAAGCGCCGUCCGCCGCGGCGAUACAGAAUUUCAGAAGCGCCUCAAUGGUGUCACCACGCAAUAGCGCGUCCUCUACGACUGGUGGAGGUGGAUCGUACCACUACAAUAACGGCUCGUCGGUUCUUGUGUCCCCGCGGUACAGCAGCUCCACGCACGCCACGUCGACAAAAGACUCCUCCAGUGGCGCACCUGCCUCGUACGCUUCGUCGGCGUCUUUACAGCAGGAGCAAAGAACGAAUGACCCGUACGGUACUUCUAGUAGUACUGUUGCACCAACUACAACCACCUCUACCCACCAUCUUCAAGAGCAACAGCACGAUCCUUACGCUACGUCUGCGGCUGCUCAAGGCUCCUCAUCCAACGACCCGUAUGCAGCUGCACCGGUCAGUCCUACCGCGGCCAGCAACGAUCCCUACGCGUACAAUAAUAGCGCAGUGGAUGAGCGGCAAGAGGAACAACACCAGCAGCAGCAGCAGUACUACGGUACUAGUGCAGGUGGGGGCUCGCAGAGCAGCACCUACUACAACAGUUCGACGUACCAUCAGGGAGGUGCUAGUAGUGGUCAGCACCACCAGCAAGAACAGUAUAACAGCUACGAGCAACAGAACUACAGCCAGUAUCCGCCUGGGUAUAAUAAUCUUCCAGAGAACUACGACCACUACCAGCAGCAGCAGCAACGGUCUGAUUACCAUUCUCGCCAGCAGGACUACUACGGCAACAGCUACCCACCACCUCUGCCAACCGAGCAAGGCUACCACGCAGGAAUGGUGCAGCCCCGUCCUUUCGCUGGUGGUCCGGGUCACCAGGCACCAGGUCCAGGAGGGCAGCUGCCUCCGGGAGGACCGGGACCGCCUCCCGCCUCUCCCCAGUAUAUGAAUAACCAUCAGCAUCAGCUGCCGCCGCAGCCCGUCCAGCCGCAGCCGCGCAUACCCCUCUCGCAGGUCAAUAUGUCGGCCGCGGCGAACCUCCGAACGGGGGGGAAUUCUUCAACGAGCAUGAUGCACCAAAACCUCGCAAUGCACCAGAGAAAUAACCUCCAACUCCAGGCGCAGUACUACGCGCCGGCCCAACCGCUGUUCGCCGAGCCGCAGUUCCAUCCGGGGUACGGCAUGCGCGGGGGUGGUGGUGGUCCUGUUCAUCCCGGGGCAGGAGGUGGUCCACCGGGAGGAGGUAGCGACCGUGUGAUGCCCGUCUACAACCAGAGUCGGGCGCCACAGCCGAGUCUGCAGCAGAUGGAUUUUGCGGCGGACCACGAAAUGAUGCACGGUUUAGAGGAGAUGAUCCGGGACCCCCGGGUCGCGCGCGAGCGGGACUUUUCCCCCGACGAACGGGACAAAAUCAAGCGCUGGGUCCGCAAGGCGCAGGAGUUCAAGGGACAAAUUGUCGAGGCUCUCGCCGAUUACUUCUCGGACAGUAACCCCAACGACAUACCCACGCCACAAAUCUCGGGGGCGGCCACUUUCGCAGACGUAUAUACAUAGUUCAGAAGUGAUUCAUCAUUUCAACUGCUUGUGUGGAGAUGCAUUUUUUUCAAACCAAUGGAUAGUAGUCGUAGUGAUUUCUCCAUAUCAUUAAUCAUGAUUUUUGUUUCGUGCGGCAAUCUCUUCUCGUCGUAGAAAAAAAAAACAAAAAAAUCUCCAUUUUACAAUACAGAUGUACGAUCAAGGCGGUUCUCAUAACCAGAACGCGGCGCAGCACCGAUACGAGCUCCCGGAUGACCGCAGCGGCGGUGCGGACCAAGACAAGUCCAACUUGCGCGUGAAGAUCGAGAGCAGUUUGGAGUUCCUCUUUUCGCGAUUUCUGAGUGGCAAGAAGGAGAGCGAUCCGGCCUUGCCCGGGGCGGAAUACGCGUACAAUCGCGGGAGAGCGCCACCAGAUCCCUUUCCAUAGUUGGAGAUCGUGGGAAAAGAACUGCUAUGUAGCCGCUCACAUUCUGUUUGUUCUCGUAUCAUGAAGAUCUGAAAGUAGAUCUUCAACGAAGGAGAAAAAGAUGAACACAAACAGUCGCUGUACAACUUGUGCGUAAUGUUGCUGCCAGAAUUUCAGCAGCACUGGGCACGUAACAACUCUGUUCUUCGAGCCAUGCGCUGCUGCAGUUCGACUUUCAAGAAGGGAUCACG